AUGGAAGCUCGCCCCCCGACAACCGGACCAUCCUUGAACCCGCCCAGCGUGGAAAUAGCCUACAAGCGCAAAUGCAUCGCCCUAAAGAAACGUCUCGCAGAGGUCGAGGCCGAGAACGAGCUCAUGCGCACCCGCAACCGUCGCGGCUGGCAAUAUAUUCAGAAAAUGCGCCUCGAGUCCUGCAUGCUGCUUGAGCGUCUUGCCAAAGUGACCGGUAUGACCGAAGAAGCCCAAGCCGGCGGCGCGGACCCGGAAUUACGGGCCCGGGCCGUGGCCAUGAUGUCGAAUGCUGCUUCUAUGAAUGGACUGGGUGGUGCGUCGGGUCGCAAUGGUCCUUCGCUCGAAGAUGAGACUGAGGGAAGCUCAGACGAGCAGCCCCCGACUCCCGAAGACCGUCCCUUGCGCAUCAAGCGCUCCCGCAAGUCCAACGUCGCCGGCGAAGGCGAAGAUGACGGCCAGCCCCAAGAUAAUGCCGCGGAAUCCGCCGACCCCGCUGCGCUGCCCCGUCUUGCUCCCGCGCCCAGUCAACAGGAUCUCACCUCGUCUUUCCGCGUGCAGGCCGGCAGUGGUGCCGAGGGCGACGAGACCCCCGCUGCGGCGAGUACACACAGCCAAGAUAACCGUGAAGAAGGACAGAGUGAGCAGCCGGGCGAGAGUGCAGACCAAGGAGACUCCGGGACCACGCCUAUGGAUAUGGAUGCGAAAGAGCCGAAGAUUGAAGGUUGA